UAAAGAGGAUUUUGUCAGGUAGACAGUUGAAUUGGAAAUUCUGAGAAUAACUAACAGAUACCAAAAGUUCUAAUAAAUAAAACAAGCAUAGACCUAAGUAGGGCAGGCAGUAUGUAGAUUGGACCCGAUUAUCCCAAGAAAACUUAACAUAUGGUAAUGAAUGAUACAAGUGACAUUUAUAUCACUGGGGCAAAAUGAGCUGUUCUUUCAUUCAUGUUGUAUCCAUUCAGAAAAUGUUGAUUGAGGGCCAGUGUCUCUCGUAGAUGCCAGAAGAGAUACAUCAAGCAAAGCAAAUAGAAGAAAAUCCCUAUCAUGCUGUUUAAAUUCUAGUUGGGAUAGAGACAGAGGGUCGUUUAUAUGCAAUGCAGACUGGAAUGAAGAUUGAUAGUAAAACUCCUGAAUGCCGUAAAUUUUUAUCAAAGUUAAUGGAUCAGCUAGAAGCUCUCAAGAAACAGUUGGGUGAUAAUGAAGCCAUUACUCAAGAAAUCGUUGGUUGUGCCCAUUUGGAGAAUUAUGCUUUGAAAAUGUUUUUGUAUGCAGACAAUGAAGAUCGUGCUGGGCGAUUUCACAAAAACAUGAUCAAGUCCUUCUAUACUGCAAGUCUUUUAAUAGAUGUCAUAACAGUGUUUGGAGAACUCACUGAUGAAAAUGUGAAACACAGGAAAUAUGCAAGGUGGAAGGCAACAUAUAUUCAUAAUUGUUUAAAGAAUGGGGAGACCCCUCAAGCCGGCCCUGUUGGAAUUGAAGAAGAUAAUGACGCUGAAGAAAAUGAAGAUGCUGGAGCAGCCUCUCUGCCCACUCAGCCCCCUCAGCCAUCGUCAUCUUCAACUUACGACCCAAGCACCAUGCCAGCGGGCAACUACACGGGAAUUCAGAUUCCUCCCGGUGCACACGCUCCAGCUAACACACCAGCAGAAGUGCCUCACAGCACAGGUGUAGCAAGCAGUACUAUCCAGCCUACUCCACAGACUAUUCCUGCCAUUGAUCCCACACUUUUCAAUACAAUUUCCCAGGGGGAUAUCCGUCUGACCCCAGAGGACUUUGCUAGAGCUCAGAAAUACUGCAAAUAUGCCGGCAGUGCUUUGCAGUAUGAGGAUGUAAGCACUGCUGUACAGAAUCUGCAAAAGGCCCUCAAGUUACUGACAACAGGGAGAGAAUGAAGCCUUUGUACAACAAGAAGUUUCAUGUAUUUUUGGCGUAAGAAACUAAUAGUCCCUUUGCCUAUCACGAUGAGUUUUAAGGAAGACUGCAGUUGUCCUGAAAAUGACAGUGCAGCCUGUAUAUAUCAGAUUCCUAAUGAAGCGUUCAUCAUCAGCCUCAACCAGUUUUCAUCGUGCAUUGGUGGAUCCAGUCAUGUCUGGAGAUAUAGAGCUGAUGGUAGCAAGACCUUUAAAGUGCCCAUUGAACCCUACUUCAAAAAAUGAAAACAUACCUCUAUAAAGUAUACAUUGGGAAUAAGCUUUGUAUCUUAAUUAGGGGAAUUUUUUUUUUUUAAUCUAUAGUGUUUGGAUGAACAGACCAUACUACUUUGCUUUAAAAUUCUAAAUUUAACUUCUAAUAAAGAUUGCCAGAAUAUUCUAGAUUAGAGAUAUGUUUUUGUUUUUUCAAGACGUAAAACAUACAGAAACAUCCUAAACCAUUAGAUGAAUCUGAAAGGCAUGUUCAAAAUUCAGUGUAUUUCAUAUUAAACAUAACUGCAUUAAAAGUUUAAGAUUUUGUGGAAGAAAAUGCAAUAAGGUAAAGAAGUAGGAUCACUUUGAGACUUAAAAUUGUUGGUUCCCCUGCUUUCCCUUAUCCAUUGAAGUUUAAGGUGAAUUGGUAUUUGCUUCAUAGGCAGUUUGACUGCAUGUAUUAGACAAUGUGAAGAUACUUAUAGUAAUGCCUAGAAACUUGGUGCUUUAAGUUAAGGUUUUCCUGACUCCUGUGGCAGAUGCCACAGCGUACAUAGCUGUGAAUGAUGCAGAAGAUUAUAAGACUUGAGAUUCCCAGGUUUUAUGUUUUUCAGUUCUGUGGGGAAUAAAGUACUUACUGUGUCGCCUGCAUUUGUGCUGUGUGCAAAAUAAAUUACAAAGAUUUCUUUUUACUAGUUCAGCUUAAUACAGAGCCAAAUAUCUGUCUUGAUUUGCAUGCUAAACUGUCAUUUUUUUUAAGUCAUUAUUUUUAGCUACAAGAAUAUGGAUGUUUCUGUAUAGUAAAAAAGGUUUUUUUUUUUUAAUAAGGAAAAUUUGAUAUUACCUGUAACUUAAUUAAUGUACCUGGUCCAUUUCAUUCAGGCCACUAAGAUUGAAAUCUUCUAACUACAGUCAGCAAGCCAUGGCCCAUAGCUGGCCACCUAUUGUAAAAAUAAAGUUUUACGGGAACAAAACCAUACCCAUUCAUCUAUGUUUUGCCUAUAGCUGCUUUCCACAACUAUUGAGUAAUUAGACUUGCAAAUCUAAGCUAUUUACUAGCUGGCCCUUGAAGAAUAGUUUAUUGACACCUAGUCUAGCAUCCUUUUUGGAAAAAAACUGAAUCACUAACUCCUAUGUGUAAAUUUUUCUCUGUAUAAAUGUAAUGCUAUUGUACAGGGUUUGGUAGAAUGAAUAUGCAGGCUGAAUGAACUGUUCUAAAUUAUCACAAAAAAACAACCCUCGUGAAAACAUUUUCAUAUCUUUUACAAGAUACGUGAACAUUUGUAGGGUUCACAAUUGGCACAUGGAAACAGUGGCUGUCUAGAACAUUUUAGAAAACUGGCUAGGAUGAGCUUUAAUGUUAGAAGAGGUAGGUAUAGAUCAGCACACUUUAAUCCAAACCUUAAUGUCUGGACAGUAAAUAGCAAGCUCGUCACCUCCUAUUUCCUAUCCUGCCUGUUGGCUCCCAACUAGGAGAGGACAUAAAGAGGAGGAGACAAUAGGGAAGCCAUGGAGUCCACUGACAGUGGGCUACGUGGUGUAACAGCCCUUCCCUGCAGAACCUGGCACCAUUAGCCACCUCAGAGAUUGUUAAUGAGAACUAAAUGAGAUGCAGUACGUGGAGUGCUUAGCACGAGGUAGCAUUCCAUAAAUGUUCACUGUUGUUGAUACUAAUGCUAUGUGCAGAUUGUUAAUAAUUUAUUUCCCAAAUAUCAGGAAAUCUCCAUUGUCUUUGUGGCCCAGUGCUUAAAAAUGCUUUCUUGCAUGAAGGUGACUGAACGAUGUAAUGUUUUUUAACUUUUUAUUUGUAUUUUUUCAUAUAAAAUUUGAUGAUAAAAUUAGGAGACAUUUUCUGAUGUAACA